CCCCCUCCCGCCUCCGCUACCGGCUCCGCGCGCCGCCGCCCGCUCCCACCGGCCCCGGCCCCGGCCCCGGCCCGCCGCCAUGUCGUUUCGGAAGGUGGUGCGGCAGAGCAAAUUCCGGCACGUUUUUGGGCAACCGGUGAAGACGGAGCAGUGCUACGAUGACAUCCGCGUCUCCCGCGUCACUUGGGACAGCACCUUCUGCGCCGUCAACCCCUCCUUCGUCGCCAUCAUCGUGGAGGCCAGCGGCGGCGGCGCCUUCCUCGUCCUGCCCCUGCACAAGACCGGGCGCAUCGACAAGUCGUACCCCACGGUGUGCGGGCACACGGGCCCCGUCCUCGACAUCGACUGGUGUCCCCACAACGACCACGUCAUCGCCAGCGGCUCGGAGGACUGCACCGUCAUGGUCUGGCAGAUCCCCGAGAACGGGCUCAGCCAGCCGCUGACGGAGCCGGUGGUGGUACUGGAGGGGCACUCGAAGCGCGUGGGCAUCAUCGCCUGGCACCCCACCGCCCGCAACGUCCUGCUGAGCGCAGGCUGUGACAACGUGGUGCUGAUCUGGAACGUGGGCACGGCGGAGGAGCUGUACCGCCUGGAGGGGCUGCACCCCGACCUCAUCUACAGCGUCAGCUGGAGCCGCGACGGCGCCCGCUUCUGCACCGCCUGCAAGGACAAGAGUGUCCGCGUCAUCGACCCCCGACGUGGCACCGUGGUGGCCGAGAAGGAGCGGGCGCACGAGGGGGCUCGGCCCAUGCGGGCCAUCUUCUUGGCCGACGGCAAGAUCUUCACCACCGGUUUCAGCCGUAUGAGCGAGCGGCAGCUGGCGCUGUGGGACACGGAGAACCUGGAGGAGCCCAUGGGGCUGCAGGAGCUGGACUCCAGCAACGGGGCUCUGCUGCCCUUCUACGACCCCGACACCAACGUGGUCUACGUCUGUGGCAAGGGUGACUCGAGCAUCCGGUACUUUGAGAUCACGGAGGAGCCACCCUACAUCCACUUCCUCAACACUUUCACCAGCAAGGAGCCCCAGCGGGGCAUGGGCUGGAUGCCCAAGCGCGGGCUGGACGUCAGCAAGUGCGAGAUCGCCAGGUUCUACAAGCUGCACGAGCGCAAGUGUGAGCCCAUCAUCAUGACGGUGCCAAGGAAGUCUGAUCUGUUCCAGGACGACCUGUACCCCGACACGGCGGGCCCCGAGGCGGCGAUGGAGGCGGAGGAGUGGGUGGCGGGCCGGACGGCGGGGCCGGUGCUGGUGUCCCUGCGGCAGGCCUACGUCCCCAGCAAGCAGCGGGAUCUCAAGGUGAACCGUCGCACCCUCCUCCACGAGAACCGCCCCCCCGCCGCCGCCGCCGGCCCCACCACGCCGCCCCCCACGCCCCCUGCCGUGCCCGCCCCCGCCCGCCUCAGCGCCCCCCCGGCCCUGGGCACCGGCCCCUCUGCACCCACGGGCGGCGGGCGGCUGGAGGAGGUGCUGCAGGAGGUGGCGGCGCUGCGGGCGCUGGUGGCGGAGCAGGGCCAGCGCAUCGCCCGCCUGGAGGAGCAGCUGAGCCGCCUCGAGAACGGCCACGUCUAGGGACCCCGCGUCCCCCCUCAGGGACCACCGUGGACGGGGACACCCCCCGCCAGACACACCCCCACACCCCGGUACCCCCCUCCCCUCCCACCUGCCAGGGACCAUGCCUGUGCCCCAGGGUCCCCCGAGCCCUCCCACCCCGCCCUGGGGUCCCCCCUCCGCUGCCGGGUCCUUCUCCCAUGGGAGGGCUGGCCGCCCUUCUGGCAGCUCCCCCCUCAACCCCAUUGCCUUACUGGGUGCUGCCCCCCCCCCCCCCAAAUCAUGGACCAUUCGCCCCCUCCCCGUUCCCAUGUCCUCGGGCUGGGGGGCUGCUCCUGGGAUCAAACACUACCCCCUGCACCCCCUCUCCUCGCAUGGGGUGGGGUCUUCCCCCCCCUUUCCUGUGGGGCAGGGGCACGAUCUGCCCCCCCAACCGUGGAAUAUUGUCCCCCUUAUAUUUUGGGGGCUUCUUCCCCCUCCCUGUUGUCCCCCACCCCUUACAGUGCAGGGUCAAAAACUAUAUUUUCACUCCAAAUAAAGAA